AUGAACAAUUACCCUGCAGUUCUGAGAAACUACUUGUUCUUAAUGGGGAUAUUUUCAACCCUUCCAAAUGACUCUGAAGGUACACGAACUCUGAGUUGUUUUUCACAUUGUUCUAAGUCGGGUAUAUUUUUGUCUUAUAUUUCUUAUAGUCUCAAUUUGUCCAUUUUCUCUAAAAAAGCUUUCGGCGAGAGAUCCAUUGGUAAAUUCUUAUAUGUUAACUUCAUGAUGAAUGAAUUCUCCUACCUGAACAUCACCAGUGUUGGACGGAAUCUUAUUCAAGAAGAAGACGAUUGCGCCUUCGCCUGUCUAAACAUCCCCUCGUGUUUCUCCUACAACAUGGCUACCUUCCCUGAUGUCAACGGAAAAUUUCUCUGUGAACUACUCCCAUCGGACAAGUAUAACAACUCAGACAAAUUCAUCACCAGCAAGGAAUUUCAUCACUUUCAUAUUCCGGUGAGUGAAACUUCUUUUAUCUUAAACUAAAAUAAAAACAAUAUUUUUUAAAGUUCCUCCUAUAGAAGCGUUUAGUAGUUGGUCGAUGGUAAAAUGUUCUCGCUUAUAAAACUCACUAACCCUAACCAUUUACUAAAUUAUAUGAAAAAAAUAACUUUAUAAUCACAAUUACUGGUUAACGAUUAAUUUCAUUGUGGUCCACAAACUGGCCGGAGGUAAACCAGUUGGCUUUUUACGAGGGUAUCCGAGGAGAUGAACUCGAGAACAAAUCCGCUUAGCGGUCAGAGAAGAGAGAGAAGAUUGAACUCGGCUCCUCCGGAUCACAAUUCCAGCGCUCUAACCGCCGCUCGACUACUCUGCUUUGAUGGCAAGAGGGAACUGAAAAAUAAUAGUUACAUGCCUUGGUCACUGAAAGACGAGGGAAGAAAAAAGCAACAACGCAUUUCAUUAUUCUCUUUUAGGGUAGCUAGAGAAAGAUCGCAUGAAAUUGUUUUAAUAGGGAGGAGAGCAAACCACACUAGGUUUUUCAUCUCUUUUUACGACACAUGACUGUUAAUGUCCAUAAUAUUCGCUUAAGAUGAGAAUACUAUAUAACAGUGUCAAGAGGUUUAAAGAAUUGAUUUAAAAAACAAACUUUUCCGACUUCAUCUUCAUCUUCGUAACCGUAGAUCUUAGAAAAGAUCAAGUUUUAUUCCAUUUCUAUCCUAGCCCUAUUCAUGGCCAAUCACUCACUGCUAUAAAAUUUCACUGCAGCUUUAGUUUAGUGUCUCUGGACCAUUUUCUCAUGGUCUUUUUUGUAACGCACAUUGGUGCUAAGAAAAACUGGGAAGGGCAAAAAGUCUUACAAUAAUACUUGCGACAUGCUUUUUCAGUUUGCGCCCCCUAAACUGUGGAACUCACUACCACUAGAUUUGCACAAGACACCAUCCUUAACAAGUUUUAAUUAAGAAACUGAAAACAUAUGUUUUUGCACAAUUUUUAGAGAGUAGGUAAAUGUUUUCGUAAAACGAUUUUAAUACCUGUAAUGCAUAAUAUAUCGAUAAUUCUGGGUCUCGAGCCACUGUAUUUCUAGCCUUGAAAAUUUUAUCUUAAAAUAUUUUGAAAACGCUUUCAUGGAUUUUGCUCAAACUUCACGAACAUCGAGGCAGUUAUAUUGGAGGAAAAAGCUCUUGCGAACAAUUUUGGAAAAAAACGCCCCAGUGCCGAGAAAGACGGCUGCAAGACUUAUAGCUAAUGACGUCAUUUCGUUGCUAUGACAACUCCGAAGUCAUGGAAACCCUGAUCAUAACAAAUUAAUCUAAUACAGCUGUGCUGAUAAUUUUUCCAAAUCUUUGUUAAUAACAACGUAGUCUAUAGGCAAACUUGGGAGGUAUUGACCCUGAAAAACCCUAUCGAGCCACCUUAACGAACAAGAGCCAAAUCAAUAUCACCCUGUCUCGGUAAAAUUAACAUGAUAGUCCCAACAAAUAGCAAGUCCUAACAAACAAAAUGCACUGUACUGCAUACUGGAUGUAAAAAGAUUUAUUGUCUAAGAAAACUAUGCAUGUGAAUGUGAGGAAAGGGACUAUAGUUUGCAUUUUUUUUCUCUCAGAAUAUCUGCGACACCCAUCCUUGUCUUAACAACGGAAAGUGCUAUUUUAAAUACACCGACAAAAGGUACGGAUGUGUUUGCGCAUCUGGCUACACUGGAGAAAACUGCGAGAAAGGUAAAUGUGAGCCUACUUUCAAUAAUUCAAUAGACUUGCUUACAACUGCAGCAGAAGAACGAUGAUGAUGCUGUAAGAAACAGACCGGCUGAGGUGAUCAGGAAAAACUGUUAGCUAGUGUUAGAUUUGAUAUACGACAAACGGAGCCAGCCCGUCAAAAUCGCCAGGGAAUCGAACCCCGACUCUUCUUCUUGGUGUUGAGUCAACAAAUAAUUGAUGGAUGAAUAAACAAUGGCGAUAAAUGGUGUUAGUAGUGGUAUUAUGUCAUUUAUGUUUCAAGCGCCUUUGCGAAUCGAGUCUUAUUGAUGUUGUUGGGAGUGUUGCUUUGGGCGAGCUCUGUUUACUAGGAUUUCAUCACGGCGGUUUACCAGGAAAUAAAACACUAUGAAAUAAAAUGAAGCUUUAUUAAAAGGGACAAUCUUUUAUGCAAGGUUUUAAUAUAACUUACGCGUAGAAUGAAUAUGACUCAUCGAUAAAUGCACUACUCCUUUGUCAUUGGGUUCCCUGUGAAGCGUGAUCCAGGAGCGAGGGACUGGUGUGAGCAGUUUCCCAAAGUUUCCUUCUACAGUAGAUGACUAGAUUAUGAUACAGAUCAAUAAUUUUUUGUAUGGUGACAUACACUUUAAAGAAUUGUAUCAUUUAAUUUCGUGUUUUCCUCUGUUGAAUUUGAUUUUAGCUUCUCUUGAAGCGUUCUGUAUGCAAACCCUAUGCAAGAUCACGAAACUGACAAUGAGAUUCAGAUCAAACUGUGAAAAAUCAUUUUCUUACAGAUAUCGAUGAAUGUCAAGAUCGAGUCCAUGAUUGCCUUCCUAGUGUGGCUUCCUGUGUAAAUACAUUGGGUUCGUUUAAUUGUUCUUGUAACCAUGGAUACAUAGGAGAUGGAAAAACACGCUGUACAAAGGCACCAGGUAAAAUCGGCUUUAAAAAGUUUUUUAGUCAUGUUAAAAGUACGUAUCAUUAAGGCAGUUACAUUAAUAUUUUGUACAAUAGCAAAAGUAAUUAAUCAACUAUAGACUUCAAAUUUCUACUCGAUAUACUUUAUUUUACAGCUCUCCGGGAUGGGCGUAAAAUAGGCUGAAAUACUGGGUCCAUCAGCCACGAAACAAGACCAAGACAAGGCACAAAAUUCUAACAAGCAAUAUUAUAUGGCUGAAUCCGCAAGCGGGAAAGAUGAAGCGAAUUCUGCGUUCUGAUUGGCUACCCGAGCGGGCAAGAUGAGCCUAACUUGCCUGCUCGGGAUUUCCCGCGUUCGUCCCGCAAGAGCAAUCAUCUAUAUUGACCAAGCUUGUUCGGUCAAGUUGGCUGGAUAUUAAUCUCGUUCUCUUUUGCGUUAUUAUUGACUUCGAAUUCGUCUCAGUUCACAAAAGUGCAAUAAUGAACUUGGUCAAUAACGCAUAUGUAUUGACAAUCCCUACAAAUUCGCAAAUUGUGGGUAGAAGAAUAUUUAGGGCUAACUUUUAUGACGAGUACAGGUUUCUAAUCAAUAAAUUUAUUAUUUUAAUUUAUUACUUAUUUAUUAGAAUGUUAUAACUUCACAUCUCUGACCGAUGCCGACAGGAAACCAUCAUUUCGUGUGGUCGAACCUGCUAAAAAAGACACGAAUCUCGGUCCAGGAUGGUUUCGUUUCCAAGGCGACGCAGGUAAUAUGAUGACUACUUCAUGUCCGUCUAUAAGGAAGUGUAACACCCAUGCAUCCGGCUGGUUAAAUGGUACGCAUCCUGACGUAGCCGAUGGUAUUGUCACAAGACAAGUCUGUUUUAGUUACAUUGCAGGAUGUUGUGAGUGGAAAACCCAAAUCCAAGUGAGGAAUUGCAGUGAAUACAUUGUAUACUAUCUUCACAGUACACCAAAUCCUGGAGGCUCUCUCCGCUACUGCGGCACUGACUAA